AACGGACUUACAGCGAGAUAUUUCAUCUUUGUGUGGUUUUCUUGGUUGUGUUAUAAUCUUCUUAUACGGAUAUGGCAAUGGCGAGUGCACCUCCAAUUGAGUCAGCUGCACUUUUGGGGAACCCACAGCCACCGACUUAUGAGGAGACAAUGACAGGUCCGCAGAGCCCACAGGGCAUUCCUGGGGCACCACCUCCUGAAUACAGGCCGACUCAGCCGCCAUAUCCCACACAAGCAUAUGUCCAAUCAUAUCCGCCACAAGGUCAACCAUACGUCCAGUCAUAUCAACCACAAGGUCAACCGUAUAUGUAUCCACAGCAAGCUUACAGCCAACCAUAUCAUCCACCAGUGCAGGCUCCACCUCCAACCCGACCCAUAGUGACAGUUCAGACCACAGUUGUGCAGUCGGGCAUGUAUGGGACUCUACCAGUGCAGACAGUGUGCCCUGCUUGUGCACAGAACGUGAUCACUCAACUGGACUAUUCCUCUGGGAAUGCCGUUUGGCUCCUUUGUCUUGGCCUGUGCAUGUUUGGCUGUUUUCCAUUCUCCCUGAUUCCUUUUUGUGUGGACAGCUUGAAGGAUGUCACGCAUACAUGCCCGAACUGCAGAGCUGUUCUGGGAGUCUACAGGCGUCUCUGAUCCUAGAACAGCUGACAUAUCUCC